CUCCCCACACUCCAACUCCCCCACACUCAAAUCCCCACACUCAGCUCCCCCCACACUCAACUCCCCCCACACUCAAAUCCCCCCACACUCAACUCCCCCCACACUCUCAACUCCCCCACACGCAACUCCCCCCACACUCCAACUCCCCCCACACUCCAACUCCCCCACACUCCAACUCCCCCACCUCAACUCCCCCACACUCAACUCCCCCACACUCAACUCCCCACACUCAACUCCCCCACACUCAACUCCCCCCACACUCAACUCCCCACACUCUCAACUCCCUCACCAACAAACUGGGCACUUUGAGUUGCAGUAA